CUUUUGAAAAUGACUUGAAAAAAAAAACGAUACAAUUGUCAACGUUUUCUUGUUUUUCAUUAGAAUCCCAAUUUUCAAUUUAUUAAUAACACAAUGAGUUGUCCAGGCUUUGGCGAAGUAAGAAUUCCGUCUUCCCGCGCGUUCUGGGAUGACUGCGAGGAGGACGAAUUCGAAAGCAUUGAGCCGGCCCCAAAGUCGCAACUCAAAUUUAUGGAUGGAACAGAUGAAACACCAUUUGCCAGUGAUCUGUUAGUGCUUCUCGAGGGUCCAUUCGUAACAGAGUUCAGCAGGGGUGCGUUGCUUGACGAUGCAAAACUCAUUUGUGAGAUACCAGCAAAAAGUUCCACUUUGCAUUGGAAUGCCUCAAAAGGACAGCUGAUAGCCACGCUGGAGGAGGAUCUGACCAGCAGUGGCGAAAUUACAGAGCUACUAAUACCUUACGCACAACUAGCAAAGCGCGUAUUAACCAUCACCAUAAAGCCCAAGGUGGACUACAAAAGCGAGGAGAUUGACAGAUACUGCGAAUAUGUAGCUAUUGUGCACAGCAUUGGUGGCAAGGGAGAUGAUAAAACUUUGAGCGAGCUAGAAGCACCCAACUUUAUAGCUGGAGUGGCAGCAGGCAUUGCCAGCUGGCGUAAUCAGAUGGAAUUACCUGUCAGCUCUUACGUUAUAUACACAGACAAACUGCCCCUGGAUGUAAUUGCUGCACAACCUGUGCUGAAGCUGCUACAGAAGAUGGGCGUACCGUGCAUUGAACGUUAUUUACCACCAGCCAAGGAUAGCUCCUACUUGUAUAUGUAAACAAAAUGAACAUAAGUGUU